AUGGCUCAAUCUGAUAACAGAGAGGAGAACCUUAGCUCUUCCACCAGUAGCAUCAUCGCUAAUCUAUACUCCUACUUUGGAGAUAUUCCUGAACCGACCACGGAUACGAGAGAGCAGCUUUCAGGCGAGUUCCCCACCUUGGAGUCGGAUGGUGCACAGGACAGUGAAGCUCUGGAUGAGAGCGACGACUCCCUGAACCAGAAUGAAGACAACAGAGUUGAUGACGAAGAUCAGGAUACAAAUGCAGCCGGGGAGGAAGAGCCCGUAGAGGAGGAAGAGUUCCAGUCAAAGUACAUCCACUUUUUCCCUCUGUAUCAGGACUACUGUCUGCAGGAGGGGAAGAAUGAUCAGCCCAGUCGCGACAGGAGUUUUCUGUCUGAACUGAUAACGCCAAAGUAUCUGCAGGGUCUGCAGUUCCUUCUUGGCCCGAGUUCUCAGCCCGAGUCCACAUCUCCACAGUUGCACCCGGCUGAAGCGAAGCCAUCCUCACCUUCAGUUCACCCCAUCAGGGUGACUCCAUGCACCCUUUGGCAAGAUCUAGAUGAGGUGAAGGCAUCUGGCCUGCUCAGCAGUUUGACCACCAGAGAGAUUCGCCUUCAGGAGUCCAUGUUUGAGUUGAUCGGUUCUGAAGCGUCCUACUUGAGGAGCCUUGGAGUCGCUGUCAAUCAUUUCCAAGCAUCGAAGGCACUGAAGCAGACCAUCUCGCCGAUGGAGCAUCACUUUUUAUUCUCCAACAUUCGUCGCGUCAUGGCAGCCAGUGAAAAGUUCCUCAUGGAUCUGGAGAUGCGACUGGGAGAGAACGUGUUCGUCUCUCAGGUUGGAGACAUUGUGCUCCAGCAUAGUUCCGAGUUUCACGAUCUCUAUGUGCCCUAUGUGACAAACAUCAUGUAUCAGAAGGACCUGGUCAACAAGCUGAUGCAGCAGAACAGAGACUUUGUGUUUUCACUGAAGAAGCUCGAGAGUGACCCGGUUUGUCAUAGACAGGAUCUCAAGUCCUUCCUUGUCCUUCCCUUCCAGAGGAUCACUCGUGUUAAGCUUCUGCUGCAGAGCGUCCUGAAACUGACUGAACCAGACUCGGAAUCAGUUUCAAAUCUUAUAAAAGCAAUAGCAGCCAUUCAUGAGAUUGUGACCGACUGUAACAAGGGAGUUAAAAAAAUGAAACAAAUUGAGGAACUGGUCUGCCUGGAGACGCUGCUGGAUUUUGACAAAGUUAAGGCAGUUCCUCUGGUUGUGAGUGGGCGGUUUCUGGUGCACCAGGGUCCCAUGAGACAGCUGACGGUGGAGGGAACUUACAACCCCAGAACAUCAUUCAUCAGCGUCUACUUCCACCUCUUCAAUGACCUCCUGAUCAUCUCCUCCAAAAGGGAUCAGCGGUUCAUAGUUCUGGAUCACACCGAGUUCCCUGCACAUGUGCGUGUUGAGCACCUGAAGACCAAAGUUCUGAAUUUACCUUCAGAAUCCUUCCUGCUGCAUCUGUCCCAAAGUCAAGUAGGACAUCCCACUGCCAUGAUAUUUGUCCCAUACACAAGGUCAGACAAAGAGGCCUGGAUGAAGCUGCUGUCACGUGAUGGGAACUUGACAAUUCAGAAAUUUUAG